UCUCAUCCGCUUGUCCAGUCCCACAUCGACAUGCGUGUACCCGAACCGACUCCACGGCAAAUUGCGCGUCACCGUCUUUGCUUUGCGCGCUCUCGGUCACUGUCUGUACAGCGGCUCCACUGAACAGCUUCUACCCUUAAAGACUACCCGAACAUGCAUGGAUCCAAACAACAGGAAUUCAAGCGGCAUAGAUGGGCUUAGUAGAAAUCCUGCAGGCAUGAUCCUUCUCUCUCUCACUCUGUCUGUUCUAGCUCUGUUAACCACAGCAAUCAACUCUUUAGUCAUCAGUGCCAUCAUUGUCACUCGCAAACUUCACCACCCUGCCAACUACCUUAUCUGCUCUCUGGCUGUGACUGACCUGCUGGUAGCCAUCCUGGUCAUGCCCUUCAGCAUUGUCUACAUCGUAAAGGAGACAUGGGUCAUGGGUGAAGUGAUGUGCACCAUCUGGCUCAGCGUUGACAUCACCUGCUGCACAUGCUCCAUCUUGCACUUGGCGGCUAUUGCUGUGGAUCGUUAUCGUGCCAUCACUGAUGCUGUGGAAUACUCCAGGAAGAGGACAUCUUUAAGGGCUGCUGUCACGAUCAGCAUCGUGUGGUUCCUGUCCAUUCUCAUUUCCUUACCUCCAAUGGUCUGGGGACACCACAAAAAAGAAGAAAAGGAGGAGGAGAAAGAAUGCCUCAUAAAGCAUGAAAACAUUGCUUUCACUCUUUACUCCACUUUUGGGGCCUUCUACAUCCCCCUUAUACUCAUUCUUAUCCUUUACUACAAAAUAUAUCAAGCGGCUAAAAUUCUUUACCACAAAAGAAGGCCCAGUCCCAUGAACAAGCUUGAAAUAAAUGGAAACAAGAUCCCUAUGUGCUCUGACAGAGAACAGCAGAGUCAUGAUGUACUCACCCUACCAGAGAAGUCGAUGUCAGAGCCCUCUACAGAGGGGCGCAUCUCUGCAGCAAGCCCAAAUUUUCAUCUUCACAGUGAGAGGUCAAUCAAAAGACAACGGAUUUCAGGGGCACGUGAAAGAAAGGCAGCCAUGACCCUGGGCCUCAUUCUUGGGGCAUUUGUCAUCUGCUGGCUACCAUUCUUUAUCCAGGAAGUGAUUAUUAACCUCUGCAACUGUAUCAACUCCAUUAAAUUAGCUACAUUUCUGACCUGGCUCGGAUACCUUAACUCACUAAUCAAUCCACUCAUUUAUACUAUAUUUAAUGAGGACUUUAAAAAAGCAUUUCAUAAAUUGAUCAAGUGCCGGAAAGAACUCUGAUACAGAAAAUGGAAUAUCAUUGUUUUCAUAGAAAACAUUAAAUAUUGAUGUGAAAUUUUUAAAAUAUGAGAGAAAAUUAAAAUUUCAGUAAUCCAGGUGAAUAUUUACAACAAAUUAUUUUUUUCAUAUUGUUUUCAUACUUCAGCAUCAUCUGCAAAUAUACUCACACUCCCCAUCAAAUGUUUGGAGGAUUGAGCUUAAAACUGUGCAAGAGGCAUUGGGAGAGGAACAGUUGCUGUCUGGAACAGUGAACCAGCCUUCACACAUGAACUGGGAAUAGUCAGUGUUUGAGAGACAGAGGUGUUUGAGAGACAGAAAUGUUUGAGAGACAGAGGUGUCCACUGGGAUGUCCUGCAAGUGAUGCUUUCUAAGUAACACCUGCUUAAACUUUGUCCAUAGAUUGUAUGAAGAAAGUGUGACCAUUUUUACUGCUAAGAAAUUUUUUAAAUUAAAAUAUACAUGAAUUGUC